AUUGACAGGGAAGAAGUGAAUCCGGCAAUCCCGGAAUCCAGUGGAGAAUUGAAUUGGAUAUUGUUGAAUGGAGUGGCCGAUGAUUAGUUUGGUGGUGGUGGGCUUUCUCUUGGGCUGUCUCAGUUGUGUGGCACACAUCCGGGAUAUUCUAGCGUGACUGUCCAGUCCUAACCAACCUUCAUCUACGUCCAUGGAUCAACCGGCCUCAUCGCAAGAGAGUCUAUCAAAGAAAGACAUGGAAUCCGGGCCAGAAAACGAAUCGACGAAUACCUCGUCCGGAAAUUCGUCCGGAUCUCGUUCAACCUCGAUGAUGUAUCUGACAGCUGAGUGUUGUGAUGAUAGCGAAGAAGGCGACGAAGACGAAGAGGACCAGGAAUCAUCUGAGGAUGACGAGGACCCAGAAACAGUCCGGCCUCACAAUUGCAAAUCCCCUGAGUCAGUCGACCCCAUCAGUCUCCAUGCCAUGGCCAAGUUUCGAGAGGACUUGCUAAAAGCCCAAAUGAACUCGUUUGAAUCCGAGGAAGAAGAGGAAUCCUCGUCCUCGAAUGAAGUAAAUGAGGAGCUUCUCAGACUCAAACGUGUCACCGAUGAGGAUGAUCCUCACUUCGAAGAUGCUUUCCCAUCUGUCUCUCGUAAUGAUCGCUUGGAUACAGUGGAAGAGGUCUCGGAACCUCCUUCGUCAGAAAUCAUGAUGGAAUCAUUACCUAUUGAGAACGAAAUUAACACGAGCAUGGAUACCUCUUCAUCGUUUGAUUUCCAGCCCGACUCUUUGCCCACAGACCGAUGCUUCAACCCUAAUGGUCCUGGAUCCAUAACAAGUAAAGAAGAGGUUUAUAGUGUCACCGAGAUCGAGAUCAGUUAUUCAAGGGAGCUUGUUUCCAAGUUAGAACGCAAAAGUUCGCAAAAGGAUCGAAAAGAGUCCUAUGUUCACAUUGAACCUGCUGAUGAGAAAUGGGUCAUGUUCGAGGAUAUUGGGCCAAGACCCAAUGAUCCUUUUUUGUCCAAAGGGUUUGAUGAGGACUGUUCUGAUGGGAACACUUCGUCACUAAGAAAAUUCUCAUCAUUUUUCAGAGCAGCCGAAAACGACAAUGACGGCUUUGAAAGUGACUUCACCCCGGGUUCAUCGAACAUCCCGAUACAGAAAUCCGUUUCAAUUUCCGAAACCUCGGAUCUUAGUGAAGUAGACUCGCUCAAUCCAAUCACCAGUGCAAAAACACAUUCAAUGACCGUCGUGGGCCACGGUCAAGAUGAUCGUCCAACAACUCAAACCCUUUCAAAUCCCUCCUCGAUGGUUGCAGAAGACUCGUCUUUGAAUAGAAACGUAAACGAAGAAGACGAGAACGAAGACGACGACGACGACGACGACCCAGUGAUCCAAGUGGGAACAAGUUUGGGCUCGGCCAGAUUUUCUAAGGCCAAGCCGAAACUAAUGAGGGAAGAGGCCAUGCAAGGGAAAUCAGGCGAUAGCGCAGAAUUCAAAGAAGGUCGAGGGACUCAAGAAGAAAAGGAGGGAACCAAUAAUGAAUCAGGGAGUGAGGAGGAUGAGAGUCUGAGUGUUUCCUUACCCAGUGGAUGCAAAGAUGAAGGUGAUGUCUCCCCUGAAUCUUCCCGAAGACAGAGACUCCAAUUAGCUCAAGUUCGAAGUGGGAUCCUGAAAAUUCUGAGUGAGGACGAAGACCGCGAAAACAGAGUGAUCGCCAAGGACGAGACGAGCAGUUCUUCAUCAUUCUCCUUGGAUCUAGUCCCACCGCGUGAAGGCCAUGAGUACGUGAUCAAUAAUCAUGUUGAAGACGGUGAUGAGCGACGAACCUUGGAUGGUGUGGGCAGUUUAAAUAGCUCUCCGAGCAGUAGUGAAGACAACCUCAAGUUUAGCGAGAAACACGAAUUCGAGAAUGCCGAGAAGGAAUCCUUGAUUCCGGGUUCCUUGUCCUCAGUGUCAAGUGAAAUGCCCCCUGCAGAAGCUUCACAUCAGGCAUGGUCCGCCAAUAACCCCAAUGCUAAGGCCAGUUCUCGCCUCGAGGCGCCCAUUAUGGCUCAAAAUGAUAAUGACAGCGGGAUUGACCGUGAAACUGGAGUAACCUCGAGGAUAAGCGUUCACUCGGCUAGUAGUAGCACGGCCAACACUCAGGCACAACAACAACACCCACAACACCCACAGCCACCCACUAAAAUGUGGUCAAACUUCAAGAAGCAAGUGAAAAGAGGGUUUGGAGGGAGUACAGGCUCACUGUCUUCUCCAUCGCCCAACUCUGAGGAGCACCCAAACCCCGCGAGAAGUGGGCCUCCUCAAUCGCUUACGUUCCCAAAUCGUGGUCAUCGAAGGUCAUCGUCCGAAGUGGUUUACAGCCCCGAGGUGGCCGAAAUGGAAUCCCCACGGGAAGGUGGAUUUGUGGUAUCGGAUCAUGGGCUCAACUUUCAAAGUGCGGCCAUGAUGAAAAAACACAUUGGAGAAUUGUACGCCCGAUUAGCCAAAUCUGACUCGGACAAGCAGAAAAUUGCCGAUGAAGCUUAUCGACGAGCUCAAGCGAUCAAACGGGAUUGUGAUCACCAGCUGGAAGACGCGAGAAUGUCUCAAUUACGACAAGCUGAUUUGGUGGAAAAGCUCAGGGAAAAGGUCAUCGAGUAUCGGGACAAAUAUGAGACUUCAAAUAAAAGGUUGUUAGAGGUCACUCAAGUGGCCAAUCAAGCUCAGAUUCGCUUCAAGGAUACCAAUGAGGUUCUAAUAACGCUGGAAGAACGACUUCGAGCCACUGAGGAGCGGAGGAUCCACGAUAUCAAGCAACUUCAAGUCAAGAUCGAGGAGGAAGAGGAGAAGAACAAGACUUUGAACGAAGUGAAUGUUGUGCUGCGAUCUCAGUUGGAAUCUGCCUCCAGGGCCAAUGAGAAUUUGGCUCGGGAUCUGAGCAAGAUCUCGGCAAACUUUCAGCAAUUCAAGGACCAGCAACAUGAAAAGGAAAAGAAAGUCUUCAACGAGAGCCAAGUCAGGUUUUCGAAUGAUGUUCAAAGUGUGCGUGAGUUGAAACAUUGCAUAUCCACGUUCAAAAACCAAUUUCACGACAUCAAGAUGAACACUGAACAAGAAUUGGCUCAAUUGAAAAAUGAGCUUUCCAAAUCGUCGAGAAACUUGACCACGGCUUGUUUGAAUGUUUACACCAAAUCUGGGUAUUUGGACGUCAAUGGGCAGAGUAUUCAUGUCGGGACCACACAAGACCUUUACUCUCAGUUGGAGAAAGUCAAACUUGAGAAAGGAUUGAUGGAGAGAAAGAAUAAUAAUCUGGAAGGCCAGUACAAAACGGUUCAGAAGUCCAUGAAAGAUCUUCAGAACACGGUCAACACGCUAGAAUCCGAACGAUCCCAACUUAGCCAACAGAUCGAGGAGCUCAAAUCCAAAACUGAGAACUUCUCUGAGACUAGCUACAAAGCCAAAACUCUGGAAUCGCACAAUUCUCGCCUUCAAAAUUCUCUCUUUGAUAUUGCUCAAAUCGUUCUGGACGACGCUGACAAGGAUGAUUCGAUGGUAGACGGGCCUCAUCUCUCGACGUCACUCACGAGGUCCGUCUCCAAACCGCAUCUUCGAACUGGGUCUCCAAUGCGUAGUCGAAUGAGCACGGAUACUCACCGUCGAACUCGAUCCGCCUCACCCGCCAUGAUGGAAUCCACAUUGACUGCCGUUCAAGCUGCUUUGAAUAGGAGGCAACUUCAGAUCCAUGAUUACCGUACAAAAUUGACCCAAACCAAGCAUGUGAAUGAUCAAUUGAGUAAGGAGGUGAAGAUCAAGAACGAGAUUCUGGAGUCGGUAGAACAUAAGCUGGAUCAAGAGCGUUUGAGCUCGGACUCGAUGAAGAUCCGUUUGGACGAGAUAUCUCGAGAAAAGAUGUCGUUGAACGAACGAGUGGAAUUGCUCUUGGUUGAAAAAACCUCCUUGGAGCGAUCCCAAACCAAUCUAAAAGACGAGCUCGAAAGUGUGUCCAAGGAAAAAGACGUGAUCACGGAUGCCUUCAGCAAAACCAUGAAGGAUUUGAAGGCUUCCGAGAUUGAGAUAGAACAUCUUUCAGAGCGAACUCGAUCCCAAGGAAAAGACUUGAAAGAAAAACAAACCCUGAUUGGUCAAUUGGAGAAAGUCGGUAGUCAACUUCGGGACGAAUUGCUCGCCACCAAAGAAGAAUUGGCCAAGGUUAAAGAUCAACUGACGGCCUUGGAUCAAGAGAAAUCUGAAACGGAUAAUGCGGCGGCCAAUUUUGAAUCGAAGAUUAGUUCCACCCAGACCGAAAUGGAGCGAUUCCAUAAGGAAGAAAAGCGCUUGAAGAGUCAUAUCCGGAAGUUGGAGGAGAUACAGAAGAACUCCCAAGAGCAACUGAAGUCUCUGGAAGAUCAGAUGGAAACCUUGGAAGAGGGCAAGAUCCAAUCGAAAGUGGACAUUGCCGAUUUGAAAGGCACUAUCGAGACUCUGAAGGAGGAGAUACUUGCAAAACAAGACGACAAUGACAAAAAGGCCAAAUCUCUAGCAGCCUUACAAGUGCGAUUCAAAGACGAAUCCCAGUCCAAAGACAAGAUGGAGAGCGAAUUGAAAAACGUGAACAAGGCCAAGGACGAUUUGGAGAAUCAUUUGACGAGUAUUCAACUGAAGAAAGACGCUCUUGAAGACGAAGUGUCUCACACGAGGAAAGAGAUGCUCGAGAUCAAAGCCCAUUUAGAGAGAGUCAACGAAGAGAACGCCAAGUUGAACAAGCACAAAUCUGAACUCGAGGUUCGUGUGGAACAAGUGGACAAGGAGCUCAAAACCUCCGAAGAAAGACUCGCUUUUGUACGGUCGGAAAAAGCCGAACAGAACGAGAUGAUCGAUGAUCUUAACUUUGAAUUAAGUCAACUGCAAAAACAAGUCAAAGAAUUGGAAUCCGACAAGACUGAUCUAGAAUCUGCCAAAGAGUCUCUUGUUAAAGAGAACAAACGAGCUCAGGAAGCACUAAAUGAGACUUCAACCAAGCUGGAGAUCGUGAAAAAAUCUCACGCUGAAGACAUCGAAGACCUCAAAGAUCGCCAUGAAAAACUCAUACUGAAAUUGAGAAAAUCUUUAAGCGAGUUAGAAGAAGACUCCAAAGCCGACAAAGAAGAAACAAGAAAGGCUCUAGAAAUGGCUCACGCCCAAGAGUUGACGAACCUAACCAAAGAGCUCGAAGACGUCAAAUUUAAGUUAGAGAGCGAGAAUGGGGAUCUCAUGGCUCAACUUGAAAGGAUCAAAGAGUCGCAGGAAGAAGAAAUGAUCCUGGUUGAAAACGAAAAGCAACAGACCCUCACCUUGGCUCAACAAGAGCAAACCUCUUUGAAAGAAAGAAUCGAUCAACUCACUCAAGAUCUCGAAAAAUCCCAAGAGGACUAUGACAAGGUGAAAAGGGAAUCAUCGGCUCGACUUGAGAAGGACCGCAGUCAAAUCUCAGAGCUUCAACUUGAGCUCUCGCGUUUAAAAAGUCAAUUGGAAGAAGCGAUGGCCAAGUUGGAUGGAGAGAAGUCCCUGUCUGAGGGCAAAAUUCGCGGCGAGCAGAAGGCUAAAUCCGAUUUGGAGAGUCAGGUCAACACUCUGAAGACCACCUUGAAAUACGCCAAUGAGAAAGUAGACAAUCUGGUGGAAGAACUCGAAGAGACUAGAAGGAAAUUGGAAUCUUCCGAGGAGCGGAAAUCCUCUUCCCAAUCGGAAUUUGUUGCCAUGGAGAAAGAGAUUGUCGAAAUGAAGACCAAGAUUUCUCGAUUGGAAAGGUCCAAAGAUAUCUUGGAGAAGACCAAGCAAGAGUGGGAGCUCGAAAAACGCGACUUGACCAAGAAAAUCACAGAGAAAGAAGCCUUGGUCACCGAACUUGAGCUCCGAGACUAUGACACCAGGAAAGAAUUGGACGAAUGCCGCGAACAGAUCGAUCUUUUAGUGGAGAACAACAAAUCCGUAGAUCACGAGCGGACCUCUCUGAGAUCCAAGCUCCGCAACGUUCAGAAUGAAUAUCGUCAGUUGGAAAUCGAGCACGACAAUAUCAAGGAACGAUCGCUAUCUGAAGAAGAGCAAAGAGGUGUGACACGUCGGGAGUCCCAGCAACUCCGCGUUCGAAUAUCGGAGUUGGAAAGCAUUCGCGAUGCUCUCGAACGCGAGUUAGUGAGUGCCAAAUCAGCCAUGAGUGGUGAGGAGGAAUCCAUGAGGACUCGAAUCUCCACCCUCUCAGCGGCUUUGGAAGAGCUCCGGUUGCGGGAAAGAACGCUCGAAGAUCAACGUCAUAACCUGGAACUGGAUUUGGCGGAUUCGCGUCAGGAAAUCAAGGACCUGAGAGUGACCCUUACCGGUCAUGAGGGCAAAGUGAAGGAGCUCAACUCUACUGUCCUCCGCUUGGACACGAAUAAGCGAGAGUUGGAAGGCAAACUCUCAACCGUGUGCGGGAUCCUUCGGGAAGUCCGGUCUGGCCAUCAAGACUACCGAGGAUCUUCGGGAUCGCCCACCAGAUCCAGUCGCAUGAUUGGCUCCUCCAGAAGAGGGCGUAGUCCGUCACCUUGGCAAAAGAGUGUUCUGAACCAGUCAGCGAUUCCCUCAGGAGCCCCGGAAAUGGACGAGUUCAAUGUUGAAUCCGUGCGUGGCAAUGUUCGAGAAUUGAUGACCAAAGUCUCGAUCACGGAGAAGGAAAGGGAUGAUGCCCUCAAUCAGGUGAAGGCGAUCAAACGCCAGAGCGAUGACCUUAUGGUUCAAAACGUCAGUUUGGAGCAACAGCUCCAACGAGAGCGCGAGAAGAUACUUGGAUCCGAGGAGCAAUUGCGGAAAUUGGAGCAGAAAAUCUCAGUCAGUGACAUUAAUCUCGCCAGUCAGGACGAGGAUCUAUUGAAGAGGGAACGAGAGUUGAAAGAGAUUUCCUCGAAACUGGAGCAAACCUCGCAACAGCUCAAUGACUUCAAAAGGCAAGGUCUCACCACUAGCGAAGGGCUCAAACGCUUCAAAGAGAAGGAACUCAGUUGGAACGAGGAACGGAGGAGACUUCAGGAUGCAUUGAACGAUGCUGAAUCUCAAUUGGCCCGCUUCGAGAUCCAUCGGAAAAGUGUGGAUGGCGAUCAGCAACGUUUGCAAUUCGUCAUCAGCGAGAAAGAUCAGGAAAUCAAGUCUUUGCGGUCCAAAGUGGAUAGUUUGACUGGCGGCGUGUCUAAACUCGAGGACAAAUGCAUUCGUCUAACAUCCAAUGUGGACCAACUCAAUAUUCAAUUGGAACGAAGUGCCCAAAAUGAGAGCGAUCUCCAAGCUCGAGUUCAGGAACUCAGUCGAACCCUGAACUACACCAGUUCGAAUACAUCUGGGAUUCAAGAAGAAUUGGAACAACUCAGACGGGCCUUGAGCAACGCCGAAAACGAGAAGAAGAUUUUGGAAGAUCGGUUAGAAUCGGCCCGUCAGCAGCAACACGACAUGAAGCAAUCGGGUCGUAAUCUCCACAACAAACUGGAACAACUCGAAGCGGAUCUCCAGCGAUCCGAAUCCAAAGCUAAUCAACUGGAGCUCCAGCUCCACAACUCCAAAUCUUACCUCGAAUCCAAUGCCAACGACAAUUAUCUCAAGGAAGAGCUCUCGCGAUUGCGCAGAGAGAGCGAUCAAGCCAAGGACAAAAUCCGUGAACUCAACAAAAUGGUUUCCCACUUAGAGAAGGAUAAAUCGGAUUUGGAGCGACGACUCCAGAAAUCUCCCGGAGCCAUUUUCAGUCAGAUCGCGGAUGAUUCCGUGGAUCAAGUGGACCAUCCCGUGAUUCGCUCUCAGAUCCCGAUGAUGAGUUCCCAAGUCCGUGGACAAGAGCGGAUGCGACAAACCCAAUUGCAAGUAGGCGAGUACUUGGUCAAGAUCCGGAUCCUGGAGCAGGAAAAUGAGCGCCUCCAACGGAAGAUUCGAGGCCUGGAAACACAAUUGUCGGAAUUGGAGCACUGUCACGGAGUGAGGAUCCAGGAGCUUCUCCAGGAACGUCGCAAAGAACGGGAGAAGGAUGGGAAGCGGCAAAAAGAGUCGUUGAGGAGUGUGGAAGAAUCUCUAAAAGCUAGAGAGAAGAUUUACAAGGAGAGGAUCAAAGGACUCGAGGAUCAAGUGGGCGUGUUGAAAGAGCAGCUCUCGAAAGAAAUGCGCCGCCGACAAGCGUUCAUUACUGGUACUUCGGGGAUCUCAUCGGAAAUGAGCGAACUUCGCCAGAAUCUCGAUCAAAGCCUGUUCAAUGUGUCCACUCCAGUCUCGCGUUUAGAUGGACAACUGCUGGAUCGUGAAGCCCAGAGAUUGAGUUCCACCGUGUCCAAAUACGGCGAGGAUCACAUGAGUCGUCUGACUCCGUCCAGGAUCUCCAUGCGAGGAGCCUCGUCCAUGGAAAACAUCCAUCGACCCUCAUCCAGUCGGCCAACCAAACGGGUUUUAGCUUUCGACCACCAAUGAUUCAUGGAGAUGCCGUGACCAAAUUUAUAUGGCAUUUAUUACAUUAAUACUCUUAUCGUCUGAAGCACUCAUAUUCAGAGAAAAUAAAUCGAAACGUGAUCAAACAAACGUAGACAA